AAGAAUCCAGCUUCCGGGAAUAAAGUGUUUGUUUAUAAUGAGAAAAAGGGCACAGAGGGCCCAGGAGACUCACAUCUUCAGUGGCAGCUAAAUCUCCUUACACACAUAGAAAACGUGCAGAAUGAAGUCACCAGCAGGAUGGACCUCAUAGAAAAGGAAGUAGAUGUUCUGGAGAGCUGGCUUGAUUUCACAGGGGAAUUGGAGCCACCAGAUCCCCUUGCAAGACUGCCCCAACUUAAACGCCACAUAAAACAACUCUUACUUGACGUGGGCAAAGUACAACAAAUUGCAACUCUUUGCUCUGUAUAACAAUGGUAGACACUCAGUGACAACAAUGGGUCUUUCUUCAGUUGAGACCUUCUUAUUGCUGAGUGGAUAGUCAAAAAGCAUAGUAAUGUUUGGUCAUUUACUGAUUUGUGACAUCAGUAGUAUGGCAUCUUGGAAGGAAGAUGAAGACCAACUCUAUCAAGGAAGCUAAUAUUAAAAAUGAGUGAGCAAGCUGCAAGUGAUAAUGCUGUCUAUGCCAAGAAUCAGUGCGUAGACUACAAACUGUACUGAAGGAAUGGAAUUGGCAGGGUUCUCAGAGUUGCUUUCAUGAAGCUCAAGAUGCCUAUAGACAGAAACACGGUGUGCUUAUAUAGAUUUCUAGAAGAGACGCCCAUGUUUAUAAACCAGCAUUUGGCCAAAAUCACACUAUAAGGAAACUCGAGUUCUGGAGAGUUGCUCAGAUUUGCUCUGAGAAUUGCCUCCUCAGCAGCUGGAUACAGCUGCAAAGAGACUUAGCUUAUUUAAACUUCUGCGGGAUCAUGAGCUGGUUCUUGGGUGAUGAAUGUAUUUAAUCAGAAAACUGACAAUGGAAAUCUCACUUUGGGGGAAACAAUUGUGGAAUUCUAACUUCAUUAUGAAUGUAUUUUUAAGAAACCCACCAAAUAAUUGGAAUCUACUGCGAGCAUUGUGCUCCUUAAAACAAAGUGGCUUGCCGAAGGGCCCAGUGUGCCAAAUGUUGACACUGCUGGAAAGAGGAUUUGAAUAUCACAGGAGUCCUUCCGCCUGCCGUAUGUACGCAACGCCAUUAGCCCACCCAGUCCUGUACACCACGUGCAGUGUGUGCCCCGUGUAGGUGAGUGGCAGCGUCCAGCCUUCAGCAUACAGUUUGAUCCUGGAUACACUUGGUGUGUUUGCCUUUUGAAAAAAAUAAAAUAAAAACUGUAAACCUCA